AUGAAACAAAAAUUAUUAUUAUUCAUUUUUUCAAUUUUAAUUUUAUUAAUUGCAGCAGAAGCUAAAAUGUUCAAAGAUAUAUGGAAAAGUUGUGGCAAAUCAACAGAUACAUUUCAAAUAAAAAAUGUAACAAUUUCACCAGAUCCACCAGUAAGAGGUCAAACAGUUUCAAUUUAUGCAUCUGGUGAAUUAAAGGAUACAAUAUCUGGUGGAGAUGUAAACAUUCAAAUUAAAUUUGGUAUUAUUACAAUUAUUAGAGAAACUAAGCCAAUUUGUUCAUCUGAUAAUCCAUUUCCUUGUCCUAUACAACCAGGAGAUUAUACUCAUUCUGUAGAUAUAGCAAUUCCAGAUAAUGCUCCUCGUGGUAAAUAUUCUGGAAAUUUUGUUUUAACUGAUCAAGCAAAUGAUGAAAUUGCCUGCAUUAAUGUAAACAUGCAGCUCUAA